AGCCCGACCCAUUUGGUUAAAUGGGUUCGAUUUGUUAGCCCGAUUCCGCGAAGAAGAAGCGCAAGAGAAGAUGAUGUCUUCUCCAAUGACUUCGUCUUCCUCUUUCAAGCUAGCGUCAGAAUCUCUUCCGUUCUCGAACAGAUUACAACAUUCUUCUCAUUUUCCUUCCACUCUAUUCCAAUUACCGAAAACCAAGCUUGAGAAAAAUUCCCAAACUAGCAUCCGCUUUCGAAAUCGAAACAGCUUCCGCUUCUCUUGCUGCUCUUCUCCCGCUGACAUUACUGUAUCCAACCUCUCACCUUCAACACCCACAACAGCAACAGAAACAGCAGCAAUAGCGACAACAACCACAACGACUGCUGCUGUUUUAAAGAAAAGGAAGAGAUACAGGAAACAGUACCCUGGAGAAUCCAAGGGCAUCGUCGAGGAGAUGCGUUUCAUCGCCAUGAAGCUUCGAAACAACAGCAGCGACAACAAGAAAGGAGAGGAGAUGAAGCAGGACGAAGAGGAACCAGCGGCGGAUGGUGACAGUGAUGCUGACACGUGGCAGCCGAGCAUGGAAGGGUUCCUCAAGUACUUGGUGGACAGCAAGCUCGUUUUCGAGACCCUUGAUCACAUUGUCGACGAAUCCAACCACGUCGCCUAUGCUUACUUUAGAAAAACUGGAUUGGAGCGGUCAGAAAGUCUUUCAAAAGAUUUAGAAUGGUUCAGGCAACAGGACAUUGUGAUUCCACAACCAAGCCCUCCUGGAAUUUCUUACGCCGAAUAUUUGAAUGAAAUUGCAGAAAAAAGCGCACCGGUGUUCCUAUGCCAUUUCUAUAACAUAUAUUUCUCACAUAUUGCAGGCGGUCAGGUGAUAGUGAAACAGGUUUGUGAUGGGCUCCUAGAAGGGAGGGAAAUGGAGUUCUGCAAAUGGGAAGGAGAUGUGCAGGAGUUGUUGAAAGAUAUGAGAGAGAAGCUGAAUAAGCUUGGAGAGUACUGGUCUCGGGAUGAAAAGAACAAAUGCCUAAGAGAAGCAGCAAAGUCGUUUCGGUUCUCAGGACAGAUUAUCCGCUUGAUCAUUUUGUAGUGCAUUUCAGAAUCAAUUCAACUGCUCGGAGUUGUUCAGGCAGAAGACUGUCUUUGGUUCUCACAAUCCUUUCAUGAUUCUAUCAGCAUCCUACAUGGAUCGAGGAAGGAUACAAUUCCUGCAUGGCUUCUCUUUAAAUUUAUUUUUUGGUAGGGCAUUGGGGCCACUGCCUCACUGAACACCCGUGGCAAGACUCAACCUUGGGGUCAUAAUCCGGGAAAGCAGGUACACUAACCAGCUCAGCUAUCAAGUCAGGUGUUCCUGCAUGCCUUUUUAUUCCCUUUGUUAUGUACCCAUUAGUAUGCCCAAGUGAUCCACUUACGUGGUUUUGUUUGUAUAGUAAGAAACUCCAAAGGCUUAUGUAUCUGUAUGCUUUAGAAGGCCCAUGUCCAUGUGUUUUUUGUUGGCACUGUUUGUGUGAAUGGUGCACUUGUUUGGUAGACGUCUAAAAUGAGUUCAUCUCAUUUUAGUGAACCAUAAUUAAAUAUUAGAGAAGAUGAUUGUUGGUUAUCAA